AUGUGUAAAGACCUGGCUAAGCCUCAAAGUAAUUGCCGUUUUUUCCCUACGACGAUCGUUAUAAUGAUAGUAUCAGAACUACCGUCUGAAGUUCUUUCACAAAUUGCCGAUCAUCUACCGACAGAAGACAGGCUUUCUGGCUCUAUUACUUGCAAGUCAUGGAGAUACCCAUUUCAAGAUGCUCUAUGGAGAAACAUAUAUAUAGAUUCCGAAAAAUCCCUCGAGUACAUAUACAACACUAUUAAGCCUUCCAAAAAUAUAUCCACAUCGUACGGUCUCUUAGUUCACAGUCUACGAAUAGGUGGAUACUACGAAAUGCCUGAUGAGCAACAGAAUGAAUUCUUUAGAUACCUACCAAAUUUGAAACAUCUUGAUCUUGGGCACAUGACUUGUAAACACAUAAACACUGAGAUGACAAUAGCUAACCAGACAUGGAUUUAUUUGGAAAGCCUGAUAAUUAAUUUCAUCGGACGUCCAGGAGGGCCAACCACAGAAAAUCUCAUCAGCCUCCUAAAGACAUGUUGCAGUCUCCGUAAAUUAGAAAUAUCUGCAGAAAAAAGGUUCUGUCCAGUCAGUUUUAGCUUAAAGAGCUUUGACAGCCUACAUCAAGCUCUACCACAGCUCAUAUACUUUAAGACGUUUAUAUCACAUGCGCAUGACCUUCAACCUAUACUGGACACAAUUCCAGAUACUAUACAGUCACUCACGAUGGCAAUUCUUGAUAUAAGCUUUUAUCAGUGGUCCGCCAAGUGGCUAUACUAUUUUAGCUACAAGUAUCCAAACUUGCGUUCCCUAAGAUUAGAUACUUCUAAAGUAAUAUAUGGGUGGACAGAGUAUAUUCUAACGCAAGGAGUGACGUAUCCAUAUCCCUCCCAUUCAAAGAGCUUACAACGCUUGGAAACACUCGAACUUAUAACUCCAAACAUUUCAGAAUGGACUCAUCUUGUUUUUUGGGAAUUCAUUUAUCCAUUAAGAAUUCCUCUCAAGAACUUAAAGUACAAAGCAACAUGCAAUCGUAAGGAUUUAUGGUUGCACGCGCAGUUGUAUGAGACAAAUAUUAAAAGAAUUCUACAAUCGUUUUCGGGAACACUCGAGAAUCUUUCCAUCGAAGGAACAGUAUUUUUCGAUAUUAAACAUGGUCCAGCACUUGAACUAUCUUCUUACGCUCCAUUUUUGAAGGAUCUUCAUAUCAAGUCUUGUGGGGUAUCCAUUAACCUAGACGAUUUAUUGGACAAAUGCCCGGUCCUGAAACGAUUGAGAUAUUUUGGCGGACAGUUGUUGAUCAAUUCCAGUACGAUGAUUAAAGAAACUAUACAACAACAGGAAAAGCAACCACAGCAUCAUGGAUUGCAAAUUUUGGAACUGCGCAGGGUUGUUACAAGUGCGGAAGUCUUUAGUCGCCUUUCUUUCAGAUGUAGACGUCUGCAAUAUAUGAAUUUGAGCUCUUUGUGGGUCAGUGGAUUGACUUUUGAAGCAGACGGAUGCUUGCUCGUCGAUAUGCCCUACACUUUCUUCAAGGCAGUACGCCUGGCUCAUAUCAAAUAUUGCUCACCUUACGAGAGAAGAGAUGGAGACACCACUAUCAGUCUUACACUUUUGUCUCAAUUAAGUGAUCCUAUGUCUUCCUUACCCUCAAUAACAUCAACAUCAGAUAAAUUAAUUCAUGGUGAAAAGGAAAAGGUGGAUCGAAAAUCUGUUGCUGUAGUAACCCGUAAAAAUAUUGCUUGGUUCCACACAUUUCUUGAUGUUGUAUUUGAAACGGAUACCAGAAUAGGCAUCAGACAACUUUCAGAGCAAGAAGCCAGUACUGCAGUCGGAUUCUAUCAAAGCUUCCAGUCCAAUAGAGACAAUCAACCAAGAAGAGUAGAUAUGCCGUUAGAUGGGGAUAAUCUCAAGGAAGAUUGGAAAGACAAACUUUGUAGAGGCUAUGGAGAAUUGAGAUGUGGCCAGGUAGAGAAGUACAUUCUUCCAAGUGAUUCAAAAUAUGACAAAUACUUUUGGAAAUACUCGUGUAAUAAUGUCUUUUUAUAA